UUACUAAAAUGGACUGUAUUUGAGCCCAUACAACGUUAUUUUUUCCAAAAGCAAACACCUCGUUUCUGUCCCCACUCCCCAGAAACUCGCUCCAGGCGCUCCAGACUACUCUCAUCAGCAAUUCCCUCACCCUACACACACAUCAGACUGAUCAGAGUAUCAGACACUCGUACGCAGAUACACUCCUGCCGCCACUGAAGACGCCGUCGCGACUGGGCCGCCUGGACGCUCCUCGCGACUUCGCUACAGCCCAAGCCGGCUGAGUGGGUGAGUCCUUGCCCUCUCCUCUCGAUUCCCAGCUGACGAACGAAGAAGUGAUUUGGAGCAGUAAGGUGUCUGGUUCUUUUUCCUCUUCAUCCAUGGCAGCCUCCAAGCUCCAAGCUCUUUGGAAUCACCCUGCUGGCCCUAAAACCAUUCAUUUCUGGGCACCGACCUUCAAGUGGGGUAUUAGCAUAGCUAACAUUGCUGACUUCUCUAAACCUCCAGAGAAGCUCUCCUAUCCCCAGCAGAUAGCGGUUACUGCCACUGGAGUUAUCUGGUCACGCUAUAGCACUGUUAUUACACCUAAAAACUGGAACCUAUUUAGUGUAAAUGUGGCCAUGGCAGGUACUGGCAUCUAUCAACUUACUCGAAAAAUAAGGCAUGAUUAUUUUGAUGCCCAGCAAGCAGCUAUAUCAGAAGAUUGAUGAUAAAAUCAGCCCCAUAUCACCAGUGGACUUGACUUUAGUUGCUUUGUCACUUCUCAAGACCAAGUACUAUAUCUGCGCAUUGUAAUACACCACAUUUGGACUGGGAUACUGUAUGUGUUCGUUCAUCUCAAUUCUCAAAUCAAACGACAAUAAGUGCACAAGGCCACUUGCCUUUGGAUUUCAGUUUCCAAUUUUUGUUAUAGCAAAGUCAUAUUUGGUGGUGCAUAUUGUUGUUGUCUCAAAAAUAUUGUGUUGUGCUUUAUCUUAUUUUUCAACAUGAUGGGUUAAGUUAUUAUAGAUUGUCUGUGCCUCCAAAGAUAAUUGAAGGUUAUUCAG